AUGACAUUCCAGUGUCCUUCGUGCGGGAAAGGUGGUUUCAAGGAUGAUGUAGCCGUUGCUCGGCACAUGAGCCAACCUCGCUCUGGCUGCAGUACAUGGCUGCAGGAUUUGAUAUGCUCGCGCUCUGAGUCUGAUAUGGACGAUGAACCUGUGAGUACUAAUACUAUGGACGAUGGACCACAUACUAUUCCCGACAUCGAGACUGGUGGUUUUGGAGAUUGGGAUGAGAUGUUUGGAGGGAGUAGUAGUGAGCGCCAGGCUUACGAAGAGAGGACACCAACUCGUAACUCAGAAGUCAUCGACUUGUAUCCUGACUGCGCUCGAUCAUACGGCAGGGGCUACACAUUCCUCGAUGUAUUCAAUUCAGACGAGAACAGCAAACACUGUGCAAUGAACCCGUAUUAUCCAUUCAGUGGCCAGAAAGACUGGGAAGUUGGGUCAUGGCUACUUCGCUCUGGAUUAAGCAUGGGGAAGAUAGACAGUUUUCUUUCGCUCGACAUGAUAAAGACCCUUCCGUUGUCGUUCCAUUCGGCCAAGGAGCUGCAUGGCAGAGCGGAAAUGUUGCCUAGUGGCCCGCGCUGGAUGUCUCAAGUAGUACCUACAGCACAUCCCACAAAAUUGCCUGUUGUCUUGUAUUGGCGUGAUCCCUUAGAUUGUAUUUCGGGCCUUCUCAACCACCCUGCCUUUCACAAUCAUCGAGACUUUACGCCUCGCAGGGUGUAUAGCACUGCGCAGCGGCUGUGCCGUGUAUAUUCAGAGUGGAUGACUAGUGAUGAUGCGUGGAAUAUGCAGUCGGCCCUACCAAGAGGUGCAACACUCCUGGGGACCAUCUUAUCGUCUGACAAGACGAAUAUAUCAACCAUGACGGGUGACAGAGUUGCACACCCCCUUCUGAUUAGUCUUGCCAACAUAGGCAUGUCCACGCGACUCAAGUCGUCUUCGAAUGCCUUUGUGCUUACUGCUCUACUUCCUGUCCCAAAAUUCAUCUACAAGAAAAAAUGCAUGCGAGGCGUACUUGAGGAUUGCCUCAUUCACGAAUGCUUAGAUAUUGUUCUCCGUCCACUCAAGCUGGCUGCUCACGAAGGAGUCAUGCUAUCGGACCCUCCUCGCACACGAGCAACUACACUCUCCCAGCUGGACAUUGCGCGGAGUAAAGCUGAUCCCAAUGACAUCGAGAUAUUUUUUCGCAAAGCACAGAAGUUUCGUUUGAAUGGCGUGAACGCACCAUUCUGGAUGGAUUGGGUCCUCAGUGAUCCAUCACAUUUUCUCACUCCCGAAUUUCUUCACCUCAUUCAUCGCGAGUUCUACAACCACGACACAAAGUGGCUUAUUUGCGCAGUAGGUGAUACAGAGAUUGACUUUCGGUUCUCUGUGUUGCAGGCUGUCACUGGGUUCCGUCAUUUUCAUGGCAGGAUUUCAAAACUCAAACAGGUUACAGGACGUACUCAACGCGACAUUCAACGCUCAAUCAUUGCAGUCAGUGCGGAUGCAAUUCCUAGCGCAGUGAUGACUGCUGUACGAGCUCUGAUGGACUUUCGAUAUCUCGUACAGUCACCCGUAAUUGACGACAUCCUACUCGCCCGAAUUUCCACUGCACUUGAUCAUUUUCACGCUAACAAAGAUGCUAUUAUAGAGGGUGGAUUUCGUCGUGGUCAGCGUGGCAGAGUUAUCGAGAACUGGUACAUACCGAAGCUUGAGCUUAUGCAGUCCAUAGUUCCAAGCAUAAAGAACACUGGAGUUCCUCUGCAAUGGACAGCCGAUACCACGGAGCAUGCCCACAUAACAGAAAUCAAAAGUCCUGCUCGCUCGAGCAAUAAUAAUAAUUACGAUCCCCAGAUAUGUCGCCAUCUUGACCAUGCUGAUAAAUGCCGCUGCUUUGACCUCGCUAUGAGUCUGCUCGACAAUGUCCCAGACUCAGGGCAGCAGGAUCCAGAUGAUGAUGAGAAGGAUGAGAAUGUCGAUUUCGACAUGGACGAUGAUCACGAUAUCCCAGCAGACCUUCUUACGACAAUGAAACACCCUGGACAUUCGUGUCCAAUCACAAAUUACUUCAGAAUUGCCAAGGUCCUCCAGCACAGGGAAGUGGGGACAGUCAUCAUUAACAACAAGGCGAGGUACUUAUGGCCAGAAGAUGGUCUUCGUGGUACGUUAUGA